AAGAACUCCCGCGGUCUCCGGGAGUCGCUUGGAGUCCAUGGAGCUUGCCGCGGGAUCGAGUACAGAGCUUGCGAAAGCCAUCAAACCUAUCGAUGGGAAGUCAGUUCAUCAGAUUUGUUCUGGGCAAGUGGUCCUGAGUUUAAGUACUGCUGUAAAGGAGUUGGUUGAAAAUAGUGUGGAUGCUGGUGCCACUAGUAUUGAUCUCAGGCUUAAAGAUUAUGGGGUGGAUCUCAUUGAAGUUUCAGACAACGGAUGUGGGGUAGAGGAAGGAAACUUUGAAGGCUUAGCUCUGAAACAUCAUACUUCUAAGAUUCAAGAGUUUGCUGACCUCACCCAGGUUGAAACUUUUGGCUUUCGGGGAGAAGCUUUGAGCUCACUCUGUGCACUGAGUAAUGCAGAGGAGGAGUAUGCCAAAAUGGUCCAGGUGUUACAGGCAUACUGUAUCAUUUCAGCAGGUGUCCGAGUAAGUUGUACCAAUCAGCUUGGACAAGGAAAACGGCAGCCUGUGGUUUGCACUAGUGGAGGCUCCAGUGUCAAAGAGAAUAUUGGCUCUGUGUUCGGGCAGAAGCAGCUACAAAGCCUCAUUCCUUUCAUUCAGCUGCCCCCUAGUGACUCUGUCUGUGAAGAGUAUGGCCUUAGCUGUUCCGAGGCGCUGCACAAUCUGUUUUACAUCUCCGGCUUCAUCUCCCGCUGCACGCACGGCGUUGGGAGGAGUGCCACUGACCGGCAAUUCUUUUUCAUCAAUCAUCGGCCUUGUGACCCAGCAAAGGUAUGUAACUUGAUAAAGAUGCGUGGGACGGAAGUGGAAACACCUAUGCCAGACAGUCCUCCUUCGUCUAGCACUCAGGAAGAAGACAAAAGGUCUGUGUCCAUUUCCAGGCUGAGAGAGGCCUUUUCUCUUCGUCAUCCUGCAGAGACCAAAUCUCCAGGCCCAAGGACUCCUGAACUGAGAUGGAAUUCUCCAAUACAGAAAAAGAGGGUACCCUCUAGUUCCUCCAAUCCUGCCUCUGGCAGAAGCCUGCAGGGCCCUCUGGAAGAGGUGGUGACUCCCAAGGACUCGGAUGGCCGUGGGGACAGAGUGGAAGUGGGGAAAGACUCGGGGUACACCAGUACAUCAGCUGCCCCAGAGGAAGGGUUCAGCCCCCGGGAAGUGGGCAGUAGCAGUAGUGACCAUGCACAGAGCUCCCCAGAAGACAGAUUUUCACAAGGAGACAUGGACUCUGGUGAGAAUCUACCUGAACUGGACCAUCCCCCUUCAGCUGGGGAGUCGGGGAAGGAAAAAGAUGGCCCCUGUCAACUUCUGCCUCCUCAGACACAUCUCUCCUCCUCCAGUGCUAAGCGAUUUAAAAAAGAAAUUCCCUCAAAUACCAACACUCCCCCAAAGUCAGCUACCACUGAGAAUGCCUCAGCAGCCCAAGUGGAUGUGGCUGUGACAAUUAGUAAGAAAAUAGUGCUCCUCACCUUUUCUAUGAGCUCUUUAGCUACACGAAUAAAGCAGUUGAAUUGCCAAAGACAACCAAGGGAAAGCCAACCGAAUUACAGGAAAUUCAGGGCAAGGAUCUGUCCAGGAGAAAACCAAGCAGCAGAAGAUGAACUAAGAAAAGAGAUAAGUAAAUCAAUGUUUGCAGACAUGGAGGUGCUUGGUCAGUUUAACUUGGGGUUCAUAAUAACCAAGCUGAAGGAGGACAUCUUCCUGGUGGACCAGCAUGCAGCUGAUGAGAAGUACAACUUCGAGAUGCUGCAGCGUCACACAGUACUCCAAGCACAGAGGCUCAUUGCACCUCAGGCUCUCAACUUAACUGCUGUCAAUGAAGCUAUCCUGAUAGAAAAUCUGGAAAUAUUCAGAAAGAAUGGCUUUGAUUUUGUCAUUGAUGAAGAUGCUCCAGUCACUGAAAGAGCUAAACUGAUUUCCUUGCCAACUAGUAAGAACUGGACUUUUGGACCCCAAGAUAUAGAUGAGCUCAUCUUCAUGCUGAGUGAGAGCCCGGGGGUCAUGUGCCGGCCCUCCCGAGUCAGGCAGAUGUUUGCCUCGAGAGCCUGUCGGAAAUCUGUGAUGAUUGGAACAGCUCUUAACACCAGCGAGAUGAAGAAGGUCAUCGCCCACAUGGGUGAGAUGGACCACCCCUGGAACUGCCCCCACGGAAGGCCAACCAUGAGGCACAUUGCCAAUCUGGAUGUCAUUUCUCAAAACUGAUCUUCCUCACAUCCUAAAUGAAGUUUUUCAUGCAGUUCUUCCUGUUUUGAAAGACAAAGCUUUGUUGUCAUUAUUGCAUCAAACCUAAGCUGCUACUUAAGAAUCGUGUACUAGAUGCAUUUGCAUUUUUAAAUUAUCUUAGGUUGGGCAUGGCGGUCCAUGCCUGUAGUCCCAGCUUCUCACGCUGAGCCUGGAAGAUUGCUUCAGCUCCAGAAUCAGAGACCAGCCUUGGCAACACAGUGGAAGUCCAUCUUGGAAAAAAGAAAAAGAUCCCUAUUCAACAUUGUGAACUGCAUUUUCAGCAUUUGAAUUUUGUGUACAAGCUAGAACAUAUUUUAUAUCCAGAAGAGGGCUGAGAGUGUGGCUCAAGUGGUAGAGUGCCUGUCUAUCCAAGUUCAAGCCCCAGCACCACCAGAGGGGGAAAAAAAAAACAAGCACUUUGGAUGUUACCCAGGCUUCUGUUCUGCCUGGAGAUAUUUUCGCUUGCAACUUUCAGCCGUAAAUAAUAAAAUUUACAUUGGCCUAAUUUAGUAAACUUAAAAUUAAGGUACCUUUUGAGUUUGUGCUUCUCAAAUAAUGCAUCACAGUAAGUGGCUCCCACCUGUAAUCCCAGGUGUGCAAAAGGCUGAGAUCAGGAGAAUGAAGGAUUUAAGGCCAUCCCUUAGCAAGAGAAAAGGAAGACUCGGAAAAAUAAUCACAGCAAGCGAGGCUGGAGGUGUAACUCAAGUGGUAGAGAACCUCCGUAACAGCCUGACGCCAGUGGCUCACGCCUGUAAUCC